AUGGCCGACUCUUUUGACGCCGAGGUGGACCCGACGGGAUCCACCAUGCUUUUGAUCAUGCCCGAGAGCUCCCCGCUUCUUGAGGCCACCGAGUUCUUGGGGUGGACGGCGACCACCGCCGGCUCCGACGGGAUGCCGCGCAAGGCGGCCCCUUGCGCCGCCGCGGCCCCCCUUCUCGCGCGCUGCCGCCAGGGCGCCGCGGGCCAGCAGCACCCGGGCCACCCGCAGUUUCUCGCUCUUUGCCCGUUGACGUUCGCGCUGACCGGCUCAGCCUGGUCGCGAGUGCUGGAGACCCUCGGUGAGGCGGGCCUCUUCGCCGCCCCCCUCCCCUCGAGCGACGACCUCCUGGACGUGCUCGCCGCGAUCGAGAUCGCCGAUCUCUCCCCCCUUGAGAUUGGCCCGGGCGUCGUCUUUCUGCGCCAAGGGGAGAGCCUCGAGCCGCCCCCACGCUAUGCCGCGGGCGCGGGCGACGCGCGGCUUAUCUUCGUCUCCGAGAAACGGCUCGGAUUCGGCACGCACGGGGCGUCCAACCUCUGCCAGCGCUGGGCAAACGCCAAGCUCGACCUCUACCGCGACGAGAUGGAUGAGGCUGAGUCGCAGGAGGAGCCCACUCCCGCCGCGGAGCGAUGGCGCGCCGCCCGUGUGAAGGCCCAGCGCGCCACCGGGCAGCCCUGCGUUCCCACUCGCCGCUACGAGGACUUCGGCACGGGCCCCGCGCCCACGACCACCUUCGUCUGCGCGCAGCACCGUCUGUACGCAGUGCACAUGUACACGGAUGACCCGGUCUUCAUCGUUGUGGGCGUCCAACGCGCCCUGCGCGCCCUGCGGCUCUGGCGACGCCUCACGGAUGAGAUGGGCCUUGUCAUGGCCAUAGCCGAGAAGCGCUCUCUCGGGAGCUGGACUCUCUGGAUCGGCGUCCUUCUGAUUCCGGCACUCGGGAUCGUCGUGGUCCCCCGCUCCAAGUUGCUGCGCGCCGCCCGGGCCAUCGAUGCCCUGCUCGCGAGCGGACUCGAGUUCCACGAGUACCGAUCGCUGUGCGGCCUGCUGGAGCACCUCCGCGCGUUGACGGGUAUCAAAAUUCUUCCCUACGAAAGAGGCCAACGGACCCGAGAAGGUAAUUUCUCGCAGCUGCGAGACAAGUUUUCUCGGAGCGACAGCCUCAAAGACAAAAGGGUGGAUGGGUGGGGGGCGAUUGCGGGCGAGCGCCAGCGCGCCCCAGGAACGGUGGGGUGCCCUCGACCGCGCGUCCGAGUCACUUGGGCGGACGAGCGAGCGGCACAUGGCCCGACAAAGAGAAAUCGGAGUCUGGCGACGAGAUCGAUAAAAGAAGUGCAGCGUUUCCUCUGA